AUGGAUUCAACUAUCUAUUCUCCGUAUCACAAUUAUGUCCCAUUAGACGCUAGUCAUGGUCCAGAUACAAAAUAUAAACUUCCUUCUCGUAACUAUGCCACUGGUAAAUCUAAAAUGGCAGCAUGGUUUGUAAGCAACUGUAAAGCUUCAAGUCCGAGACAAAUUUAUGUCAAAGAAUUAUCUCGAUAUCUUGAGGUUGAUAUUUAUGGUGCUUGUGGCACUAUGAAUUGCCCUAGGAAAUCCGAAGCUGAAUGUUUUGCUCUACUCGAAAAUCAGUAUAAAUUCUACUUGAGUUUUGAAAACAGCUUAUGUCCUGAUUAUAUUACAGAAAAGUUUUUCAUCAACGCAUUGAGUCAUACUGUAGUUCCAGUAGUCAUGGGUGCAUCAGUCGAAGAAUACAAGCGUGUUGCUCCUCCUCAUUCGUUUAUUCAUGUGGAUCAGUUUCAAUCACCAGCAGAACUCGCUAAAUAUUUGAAUUAUCUGGAUAGAAAUGAAACCGCAUACAAUGAAUACUUCGCAUGGCGUGAUCAUGGAACCAUAGAUGCCUUGUCACCACGACUUAUGUGCAUUAUAUGCUUAUUAGCCCAUACUGCUGAUAAACUGGAACCAUAUACAUUCCCGAACGUUUCAAAAUGGUGGAAUGAUGCUUGUAUCGGUCGGAAACUACGUUGGAAUUCGCCAAGUUGA